AACUCAGGCAGUCCCGACCUGACCCUUCAGCACUGGGAAUCCUGAACGAAGCCGGAGACCUUAUAUAAAACGCAAAAUAUCAACAUCAGCGAUUAUAACUAUCCAUUGCACGGUCGUCGCCUCGACGUUCUGCAUACAUUGGAAAGCUGUCACCACACUUUUGCUCCUAUCCCGCGUUGUGUUAUUCCCAGCCACGAGCCUCUGAGGAAGUUGAGCCUUGUGACUCUUUCGCUUCAGGUCCCUUUGGAUGAUCUAGACUUCUGGCGGUAUAGUGUAUGGAAGUUGUGAGGCGCAAGGUAAGGGAGAUCACUUGCACAUUGCGUCCAGCAGCCAUGCUUUUCCAUGGGAUCUCCGGGGAUCACAUUCAAGGGAUCAUGGAGGAGAUGGAGAGGAGAUCUAAAACAGAGUCUCGGCUGGUCAAAGGCAUGCACAUCAACGGAAGAGAAAUGCUCCAGAGUAUGCCAUCUGUGAACCAGGAAAAGCCGGCCUUGUGCGCAGGCUGCGGCGGAAAAAUCUCGGACCGAUAUUACUUACUGGCCGUUGAUAAACAGUGGCACCUACGCUGUUUGAAGUGCUGUGAGUGUAAACUGGCCCUAGAAUCAGAGCUCACCUGCUUUGCCAAGGAUGGUAGCAUUUACUGCAAAGAGGAUUACUACAGAAGGUUCUCCGUGCAGAGAUGCGCGCGCUGCCACCUCGGAAUCUCGGCCUCAGAAAUGGUUAUGCGCGCCAGGGACUCUGUGUACCACCUGAGCUGCUUCACGUGCACAUCGUGCAGCAAGACCCUGACCACUGGCGAUCAUUUCGGCAUGAAGGACAACUUGGUGUACUGUAGGGUUCACUUCGAAACCCUUCUACAAGGGGAGUAUCACCCCCAGUUAAACUACUCAGAAAUGGCUGCCAAAGGCGGAGGAUUGGCUCUGCCGUUUUUCAACGGCACUGGCACGGUUCAGAAAGGAAGGCCGAGAAAGAGAAAGAGUCCGGCCAUGGGCGUUGACAUUGCCAGUUACAACUCAGGCUGUAAUGAAAAUGAGGCUGAUCACCUGGACCGUGAGCAGUCUUACACGUCCUCCCAAAAGACCAAGCGCAUGCGCACCUCCUUCAAGCACAACCAGCUUCGCACCAUGAAGUCCUACUUCGCCAUCAACCACAACCCUGAUGCCAAGGACCUCAAACAGCUGGCCCAGAAAACUGGCCUCACCAAGAGAGUUCUGCAGGUUUGGUUCCAAAAUGCAAGAGCCAAAUUCAGAAGGAACGUUUUGCGACAGGAGAACGGGGGCGUUGAUAAGGCCGACGGCACGUCGCUCCCGCCUCCCUCGUCAGACAGCGGCGCACUCACCCCUCCCAGCACCGCCACCACACUAGCAGACCUGACCAAUCCCUCUAUCGCAGUAGCGGCAUCGGUCACCUCUAGCCUGGACAGUCACGAAUCCGGGAGCUCACCGCAAACUACCUUAACCAGCCUUUUCUAGCACCACCCCCUCCUCCCAUCACCUUUCUAAACGAACAGAGACGAAUAGAAGAGCAUAAUGCCAUGAAAAGCCAAACCUGGUUAAUAGCACUUGAAAAGGUUUCAGCUGAGUUUUCAAACUGCUUGUGCUUAGAACAUUUUUGGAGGUUUGACACUUGCUGAGGGAUUGUGACUUCCAAUCUGGCUUUAAAAAAGACCUAAAACCUAAAACAAGUAGAUAUCUUCAGAAUUAAAUUACAAUAGUUGAAGGAUUCUUUUUUUAUUUAAUGUUAACCUACUGAGUAACAAUGUCUACUAGGCAUCCUGAAAUUAUUAUAAUAUUUCUUUAUUAGUAUAUAUUUAUAUUGUACCCACAAAAGAGAUCUUUAUAUGCACUAUAUCAGACCUGUCAUUUUAAACAUAUUUUAAUAUUUCGAAAGGGAAAAUAUGUAAAAUAUAGAUUUGUAAACUAGAACUCAGUGGAGCCUUUCAAUACAUAGUCUCUUUCUUGGAUUGGACUGGAUUUGAUUGUAUUUUCUGAAGGACUUUUGUUGGACUGUUAAACUCAAAUUAUCGUCCAUAUCUCUAUGUAAACUAUUGAAAUUGUAAUUGUCAUGCCAUAGAUUAUUAGAGUACAUUCAGUUGAAUUUCCCCAAUUGGUACACCUUUACGAAUUUACAAAUUAAAUAGAAUAACCAAAAUAUCAGUCAAUCCUAAUGUUAAACCUACAGGUCAAGUGAAAGCUAACCUCUUUCUGCUUUGGCACACAGGUCAGCUAUAAUACUAAGCCAAAAGAACAUAGCUCUGUACAGUGGCAACUAUUCUACUGGCAUCAAGCUUUCAUUCAUACCAGACCAGGUUUGGUUAGGUCAUUUGAUUAUAUCUGGCUUUGAUUAUGUAUUGCACUUUUUGAGAUUUUAUGCCCCAUUACCGAACACAAAUAGAGAGAAGUCUUAAAUUGCUUAUGGACAGUACACUGCCUAGUUGAAAGUGCAUUAUUAUCAUGUUGCUCAGGGUGAUCAUAGAAAAAGGUGAUGGAGAGGCUGUUUGUUUGUAGACCACAGAGCUGAGGAAAUUUGAAUUGUCAGUUAAAAAGAAAAAUAAAUAUUUCAGUGUUUUCUUGCCAGCUAUAUUCAUUGUAAUUAAUUUAAUUUUUAUGGACACUUGCCACUGGACAGACAAAUCUGGUCUCUUAUGGUCAUAGUUUUGGUUAAGAAACAUUUAAUUCCAACUAAACUUCAAAGUUUGUUCUUUUGAAGAACAACAUGGUACUAUAGAUCUGCUUAAUCAAGUAGAUGACUAACUCAGUUUAAUUAUGUGCCUUAUGAUAUAACUCGGAGGAAAGUUUGUGACAUUCAGGAUAUGUGUUGUUUGCUACCUGACUCACUCCCUUCUAAUGCCUCGCUAAUUUUGUACUGUUAUAUCUCAUUUCUGAAGAUCUUUUUAUGGUACAUGCUCUCUAUAGGGGGCAGCAACACAGAAGAGUCCCACACUCUCAGAAAAUAGCUGUCCGUUCAAGAAUCUUAAUGAUUUUUGUGUUUAUAGUACAGUGUCCUAUCAAAGCUGUCCAUGUACCUUUGUUUCAUGAUACAGAUGAUGUACAGAAACUAUUACCCCGC